AGUAGUACUAGUAUAAAAUUAGUCUAGAGAGACAAGUCAAACUUAGAGAGAAGCUGAGAAAAUGGCUAACACCGGCAACGGCCAGUUCCCCGAUUAUCCGGCGGUUGCAACGCACGGCGGGAACUUCAUUCGCUACGAUUUGCACGGAAACUUCUUCGAGGUGACUUCUAAGUACCGGCCUCCGCUCGUGCCGAUUGGCCGUGGUGCUUACGGAAUUGUCUGUUCGAUCAUGGAUACGGCGACGAAUGAGAUGGUUGCGAUCAAGAAGAUUAAACAUGCUUUCGAUAAUUUCUUGGAUGCGAAAAGAACUUUGAGGGAGAUUAAGCUUCUUCGUCAUUUGGAUCAUGAAAAUAUCAUAGCUUUAACAGAUGUAAUUCCACCGCCUUCGAGGACGGAAUUCAAUGAUGUUUAUAUGGCUACCGAACUCAUGGACACUGAUCUUCAUCAGAUCAUCCGUUCUAAUCAAAGUUUAUCGGAGGAGCAUUGCCAGUAUUUCUUGUAUCAGCUCCUUCGAGGACUGAAAUAUAUUCAUUCUGCAAACAUCAUCCAUAGAGAUUUAAAGCCUAGCAAUCUCUUGGUGAAUGCAAAUUGUGAUCUGAAGAUCUGUGAUUUUGGUCUCGCUCGUCCAAAUAUUAAUGAUGAGUUCAUGACAGAAUAUGUUGUCACUAGAUGGUAUAGAGCGCCUGAGCUGCUUCUGAACUCUUCUGAUUAUACUGCAGCUAUAGAUGUUUGGUCGGUGGGUUGUAUCUACAUGGAGCUAAUGAACAGACAGCCUUUGUUUGCGGGUAGAGAUCAUGUGCACCAAAUGCGAUUGUUGACUGAGCUGCUUGGGACACCAACAGAAGCUGAUCUUGGAUUUGUUCGAAAUGAGGAUGCGAGAAGAUAUCUUCUGCAGCUUCCUUGGCGCCCUCGGCUGUCACUUAGUCGGCUUUAUCCACAAGUCCAUCCUUUAGCGAUUGACCUUGUUGAUAAAAUGCUUACAUUUGAUCCCUUCAAAAGAAUUACAGUGGAAGAAGCAUUAGCCCAUCCGUAUCUGGCAAGAUUACAUGACAUAGAUGAUGAACCAAUUUGCUCAAAACCGUUCUCGUUUGAAUUUGAGACGGCACAUCUUGGAGAAGAACAGAUAAAGGACAUGAUUUACCAGGAGGCUUUGUCCUUUAACCCAGGUCCUGGAGUUCCCUUGCCCUGGUAAACUUUAUUGGUGUUUUUUUGGGUCUUGCCUUGCAUCUUUUGCUGACAGAUGAAACUGAUCGAACUCUUUCCAUUGCUCCGUCUCUUCAUGUCCUAGUAUUGUACUGGUUUUUGUGGAAAAGUGUGUUGUUUCUUUGGUUCAUUAUAAAGUUGUAUGUUGAUAUUAUGAAAUAUUUGAACUCAGGUAUAUUUAUAUACCAUGCAAUACACAGCAGAUUAUGUUGAGCUCAUCA